CGCCGAACAACGUCGCGGCGACGACGAAGGUAGCUGGCGCGAGUGAUCCGAUGGUGGGGCGGUUGGAAAUUUACUAUCGUCGAGAACAAGCCGGUGCACCAUUCUUUCGGUGCCGUUCGCCUUGUGACGUCGAUACCUACUCACCUUCAUAAGUGUGAUCGCGUCGAGUGAAGGCAGGCGCGUGCGGACGUAUGCACGCAGACGUGUAGCAAUCGCGGUCGCUGCAACAGACACCUGUUGCGGCAUCGACCUGAACACAGUCAGCGCCGAACAGUCGCGAUCGCGGGUUCGAGGUGGUUCCCCCGGGUUCAUGUUCACCGAGUGAAUAAAUAUUGCCCGAUAUCUUCGAGGCGUGUUCGUGAUUUCUGACAACUCUCAGAAUUUAGCAAACUCUUUUUUGGGUACCGUGUUCCCAGAUACGCCGUAGAUAUAAAAGUCGACUGUGAAGAGAUCUUCAAAUUCAACGAUCUACCGAUAAACUAAAGAGACAUUAUUUUAACUAAAUUCUUAAGUUGUCAAACAACUAAAAUGUCAUUGAAAUUGGCAGACGACCAGCGAUUUGCAUUGAUGAAGUUCCGACGGUCAGUGCAAGAUAUCCUACAGCCACAGCACGAUGACUACUUUCUGCUUCGCUGGUUAAGAGCAAGAAAAUGGGAUUCUACGGCAGCCGAAAAAAUGCUGAGAGACUCGUUAGAAUGGCGAAAACGGUGGGAUGCUGAUAAUUUAGACAAAUCGGAAAUUCCUGAAAAAAUAAAACCAUACCUGCCUUAUGGAUUAAGUGGAUUCGACAAAGAUGGAGCACCAGUGAUCAUCGUAACAUUUGUCGGUAUGGACAUGUACGGAGCAUUACAUGUAAUAACACAGAAGGAUUUCGUCAAAAUUAUGAUAAAACUGUUAGAUGAUUAUUUGAACUUAGCCAGAGAACAAUCCAAGAAGCAUGGGCAGAUCGCUAAUCAAUUGACCGUUAUCUUCGAUAUGGAAGGAUUUAAUCUUAAGCAAUAUUUGUGGAAACCAGCUGGCGAGCUCGUCAUCACCCUCAUUCAAAUGUAUGAAGAGAACUAUCCGGAAAUUCUAAAGAUGUGCUUCAUAAUCAACGUUCCAAGAGUCUUUGCUUUCGCUUUUACCAUUAUUAAGAGAUUUAUAGACGACUAUACAUUGUCGAAAAUACAAAUCUAUAAAGCCGAGCCGUUGAAAUGGAAAGCAGCAAUUCUUAAAAUCAUACCGAAGGAUCAACUACCAGCCCAUUAUGGAGGAACACUAACAGAUCCAGAUGGCAACCCGAGAUACACUUCAAAAAUUUGCCAAGGUGGUAAGAUACCUAAAGAAAUGUACAUCAACAAUAUGGAUAAACCAAACGAGGAUUAUACUACCGUCGUCGUUCGGAAAGGAGGAAAGUUAGAAUUCGAUAUUUCUGCACCCGAAGUGGGUUCCAUCUUAAGUUGGGAAUUUCGAAGCGAAGGUCAUGACAUCAAAUUUGGAAUUCUGAAAAAAGACGUAACUAAUGGAAAGAAAACAGAAGUUAUACCUAUUCGGAGGGUUGCGUCUCAUCAAUCGGAUGAAAUUGGAUUAUUAACUUGCGAAACUCCGACAACUUAUUCUGUCGUUUUCGACAAUACUUACAGUAUUUUAAGGAAUAAGAAGGUUCAUUAUGCUGUACGUAUAUUACCACCAGCAUCAGUGGCAUCAAUUGUGAAAUAAAAUGGAUC